CAUCAAUACAGACGAGUCCAUUCCUGGAAGCGGUUGCCCUCUUCAAUAUAACCCGGUGGAUACAGAGCGGCCGUCAUUCCAGCUUCGAGUCUGCUCGAUAAGAAGGUUGCGUCAUACUCCAGGUAUCAGCACGCGGCGCUUGUCCAGUUUUCAGGUGUACUAUAAGUCAAGAUGGCUGACAGCACAGUGAAGGCAAAGAAGAGAGUGGUGCUUGCAUACAGUGGAGGUCUAGACACAUCCUGCAUCCUGUCCUGGCUGAUAGACGAGGGAUAUGAGGUCAUCGCAUACUUGGCCAACAUAGGCCAGGAUGAGGACUUUGAAGCCGUGAAAGCUAAAGCUGUCAAGUUUGGAGCUUCAAAGAUGAUAUGUCCUGAUCUGCAAAAAGAGUUUGUUGAGGAGUUUAUCUGGCCGGCUGUAAGAGCUAAUGCUCUCUAUGAGGACCGCUACCUCUUGGGUACUUCUUUAGCUCGGCCACUUAUAGCCCGUGCUAUGGUGAAGAUUGCCAUAGAAGAGGGGGCCCAGUAUGUAGCCCACGGAGCCACUGGUAAAGGAAAUGACCAGAUCAGAUUUGAGCUGGGAGCCUAUGCACUUCACCCAAGCAUAGAGGUGAUAUCGCCAUGGCGACUGCCUGAGUUUUACAACAGGUUCACUGGAAGGACUGACCUGUUUGACUAUGCGAAGCAAAAAGGCAUCCCACUACCUGUGACCAAGAAGAGCCCCUGGAGUAUGGAUGCCAACAUGAUGCACAUAAGCUACGAGUCGGGUGUCCUGGAGGAUCCUAACCAUCAUGCACCUGACGAUCUCUUCCAAAUGUCGGUACUUCCUGAGAAAGCACCAGACAAGGCAGAACGUCUUGAAAUCAACUUUAAAGCAGGUGUGCCGGUGAGAGUGAAGAACUUGGAAGAUGGGACAGAGAAGAACACACCCUUUGAUCUCUUCAUGUACCUCAACAAGCUCGGGGGCAAACAUGGUAUUGGCCAGGUUGACCUGGUGGAAAACAGAUUCAUUGGCAUGAAAUCAAGAGGUAUCUACGAGACACCAGGGGGCACCAUCCUGUUGGCAGCUCACAUGGACAUUGAGGUCUUCACUAUGGACCGAGAGGUACGAAAGCUGAAGCGGGAUUUGGAUAUCAAGUUUUCAGAGCAGGUCUAUCGAGGCUUCUGGUUCAGUCCUGAAUGUGAGUUCACCCGCUUCUGUAUCGCCAAGAGUCAGGAGCAUGUUGAUGGAGCAGUCACUCUAAAGUUGUACAAGGGGGGCGUAUACAUCCUGGGCCGAACUUCCCCACUCUCACUUUACAAUGCGGAACUGGUCAGCAUGAACGUCCAGGGGGAUUACGAGCCAACAGAUGCAGGGGGCUUCAUUAAGAUCAAUGCUCUCCGGUUACAGGAGUAUUGCCGUCUCAGACAGAAGGUGACGGAUCAGAAGUAGACAAGAAUACGUCCUCGGUCUGCUGAGUUUGUGUUAGUGUAGCUGCUUGGAACAUAGCCUUUAUUAAGUGACACGUGUUGCCGACCAACAGAAGUCUACACACUGUCCAUGAUGAAGACACUUGGUCCAAUGUAAUGGUGAUGAGAACUUUUUUUAACUUGAACUUAACAUUGUUAGAACCCAGAUGAAAACUGAGAAUGCUCAUGUCGGUUACCAUUCCACUGGAAGUGAAAUGUUCAGGUUUGGCACGGAACCAUGUCAUCUGUAUUGUACUAGGGACCAGGUUGACUACCUGUGAGCAAUGUCGACUGUGUGGCCUGGGUGGGUUGUGGGUCCUCACUGCCCUGGUAUCAACUCAAACUCUUGGUUUAAUUACUUUUUUGGAAUAGGAAUAGGAAUAUAUAUUUUCAAGUGCUUUUUAACAACCCAUUUCAUAGAAGUUAUUAUUUUUAUAUUGCAUGAUUGAUGACUGGCUAUUAUUAUUGUUGUUAUUGUAUGGUUAUGGUGUUAGAGUCGGAUCAUGUACUCAAGGAUCAUCAUUCAUAAUUUCGUCAAAAUAGCUUUGCCGGAAAUCAUGCAUCUGCAAAGUUCAUGUGAAGAAACACUUCAGCUCCAACACUUAAUGUGUUAAUGCUGUUGAUGAUCAAAACACAUAUUUUUAUGACAAUCAAUGGAUUUUGUUUCCUAACAUCACCAAUAUUCGGUGUUAUAUUUUGUUCCAAUAAACAGAUAUGAAACUCUA